AUGUCCUCUAAGACGCUAACAGAAGGAAGCGCGCCCGCAUACAACGACGCAGAGCGGGGCCUAAUUGACGUCCAUGACCAGCGAACACGUGCAGUAGUCCCUGCUUUCACUUCACAGGCGCCAUCGUACCCAGUGGAUGAGAAGAAGGCCCUUGCAAAUGCGACCUUCUUCCCUCCCCCGAAGGAGAAGGAAAAGGAGAAACCCGCAGCUGUUACUGUAGCACCCGCUCCCGCUCGUCCUGCCCCGAAGAAAAGGAAGAAAGUUUCGAAAUGGAUUCUCUUCAAGCUUUGGUUCAACACGUAUAGAAAAUUCUUCACUUUCGUUGUCACAGUGAACGCUAUUGGUCUCGGGUUCGCUGCGUCUGGGCGCUGGCAAUAUCCACUCCGUUUUCCUGGUGCUCUUAUUCUGGGAAAUCUGUUAUUCGCCAUCUUAAUGCGGAAUGAGGUGUUCGGCCGCAUUCUUUAUUGGUUCGUCAACACGUUCUUCGCAAAAUGGCCACCGCUAUGGUUCAGACUUGGUUGCACAUCUGUUCUCCAGCAUCUUGGUGGAAUUCACAGCGGCUGUGCAUUGUCUGGAUUAGCUUGGCUAACUCUCCAUGUCGUUGAAACUUUCCGUCAACACGAUGUCAUGCAUGAUUCCAUUCUGGCUACCGGUGUUGCCACGAACUUAGCAGUCGCAAUCAGUGCGUUGAGUGCCUUCCCAUGGGUUCGAAACACCCAUCACAAUGUGUUUGAGCGUCAUCACCGUUUCGUUGGUUGGACCGGAAUUGUUUUCACCUGGGUGUUUACAAUCCUCGGUGAUAUCUAUGAUCCGAACACACGAACGUGGAAUCUCAGCGGUAUUCACGUUGCUAAACAGCAAGACUUCUGGUUCAUUUCCGGGAUGACUGUCUUGGUCUUAAUUCCCUGGUUCUGUGUUCGCGAAGUACCAGUCGACAUCGAACUUCCGUCUCCCAAAGUCGCUAUCAUCCGAUUCAAGCGUGGUAUGCAGCAGGGCUUACUCGGCCGUAUUUCUCGGUCAUGUAUCAUGGAAUACCACGCUUUCGGAAUCAUUUCUGAGGGAACACACGCGAAAUAUCAUUAUAUGGUCUGUGGUGUCCAGGGCGACUUUACCCGCAGCCUCGUAAACGAUCCUCCAGCGACCCUGUGGACUCGAGAACUAAAGUUCGCAGGUGUCUCCAACACAUCUACCCUAUACAAGCGAGGGGUCCGUAUUUGCACUGGGACGGGGAUUGGUGCAGCGCUUUCCACAUGCAUCCAGAGUCCUAAUUGGUACUUGAUUUGGAUCGGCAGCGACCAGGAGAAGACAUUUGGACCAACCAUUUCUGGACUGAUUUACCGACACAUGCCACCCGAAAGGUACCUUCUGUGGGAUAGCAAGGUACGAGGUGGCCGCCCGGACUCGAUGAAGAUUCUCAAAGAGGCGUUUUAUUCUUUCGGAGCAGAAGUGGUGUUUAUUACUUCGAACUACAUCGGAAACUCCGAGCUCAUGGAGGGAUGCAAAGAAGCUGGAAUUCCCUGCUUUGGGACGCUGUGGGACUUCGUAAGUAAUUUUAUCUCCUCGAAAUAUUGA